AUGGCGUCUCCGUCGAGUGCCGAUGUCCAGGCCUCGCCGCCCGUGGCCAUUGUCUGCGUCGGCAUGGCGGGCUCCGGCAAGACGACCUUCAUGCAGCGCAUCAACGCCCAUCUCCACUCGCAGCAAAAACCGCCCUACGUCAUGAACCUCGACCCGGCUGUCCUCUCGGUCCCCUUUGACUCCAACAUCGACAUCCGCGACUCGGUCAACUACGAAGAGGUCAUGAAGCAGUACAACCUGGGGCCCAACGGCGGCAUCCUGACGUCGCUCAACCUCUUUGCCACAAAGGUCGACCAGAUUGUCAACCUGCUCGAGAAGCGCGCCAAGCCCGACGCCGACAACCCGGAGCGCAAGCCCAUCGACACGGUCCUCGUCGACACCCCGGGCCAGAUCGAGGUCUUUGUGUGGUCCGCCUCAGGCACCAUCCUGCUCGAGUCGCUCGCCUCGUCCUUUCCCACCGUCAUUGCCUACAUUAUCGACACGCCGCGCACCACGUCGACGUCGACAUUCAUGUCCAACAUGCUCUACGCCUGCUCCAUCCUCUACAAGACCAAGCUGCCCAUGAUCCUCGUCUUCAACAAGACAGACGUCAAGGACGCCUCCUUUGCCAAAGAUUGGAUGACCGACUUUGAGGCCUUUCAGGACGCCCUGCAGCGAGACGAGAGCUCGGAUGCCCUGGGCGGCGUCGAGGGCUGCGGGCAUGGCGGCAGCGGAUACAUGGGCAGCCUGCUCAACUCGAUGAGCCUCAUGCUCGAGGAGUUUUACUCGCACCUCAGCAUGGUCGGCGUCAGCUCGCGCCUCGGCACGGGUGUCGAUGACUUUUUCGCCGCCGUCGAGGACAAGAGGCAGGAAUUCAUGCGCGACUACUACCCGGAGCUGCAGCGCCGGCGAGAUAUGAGGGAGGAGGAGCGGAACAAGUUGCGCGACCGCGAGCUGGACAAGAUGAUGCAGGGCAUGGCGGUGGGCCAGCCCGGUGCAAGCAAGACGGCGGACAGCGAGGACGAGGUGGAUGUAGCGAGCGACGACGACUACGAUUCCCACGACAACCAGAAAGGGGGCCUGCAGGAGCGCUACCAGGCUGCGCUGGGGGACAAUGAUGACUCUGUCAUGGCGGAUGCCAGCUUUGCAAAAUACCUGCACAAACAACGGUAG